AUGGAAUCGCACUCGCGCUCGCACCGCCAGCGCCGGCGCCGGAGCAGCGCCGGGGCCGCGGAGGAGGACCGGCUGAGCAGCCUCCCCGACGACCUCCUCCGCGCCCUCCCGCUCAGGCACGCCGCCCGCACCAGCGCGCUCUCCCGGCAGUGGGCGCACCGGUGGCUCCGCGAGCUCGCCGCCUCCCCGGUGCUCGACCUCACCGACCGGGACUUCGCCCGUGGCCAGCUGCCGGCGCGGGCUGCCGCCACGGUGGUGGGCCACUGCCUCCGCCUCCACGCCGAGCUCGGCGCGCCCCUCCACGCGUUCCGCGUUGUGCGGGCGCCGCCGGCCCCGUCGGGUGGGUCGCCGGGUGGGUGGGUCGCGGCCGCCGCGGCUAGCGGCGCCAGGGAGGUGGAGGUGGACCUGGCGCCGCCGUCGCAGGAAGAUGAGGAGGGCGUGCCCGCGCACGACGAUCGCCGAACCGCGGCGCUCCUCGAGCUCCCCGGCGACGUGUUCCAGGCCAGGAACUCGCUGGAGCGGCUCGCGCUCGGCGGCUUCAGCCUCCGCGCCGUCCUGCUCCACGCGGCGGGGCUCGACGGCCUCCGCUCGCUCUCCCUCAGCCACGCCGACGUUACCGACGAGGCGGUCCGGGGCGUGCUCACCGGCUGCCCGGCGCUCGAGUCUCUCACCCUCAGCUGCUGCCACCGCCUCACCUCGGUGAGCGUCGCCAGCGAGAGGCUGCGCGUCCUGGAGCUCGCGGGCUGCCGGGCCGUGCGCGAGCUCCGGGUCGUCGCCGCGCCCGCGCUCGAGUCGCUCACCUUCUACGGCCCCGCCUACGUCAAAGAGGACGACGACGACGGCUGGUACGACGGCCCCGUUGCCUUCUACGCCGGCGCCGCCGCCACGCCGGCCCUGCGGGACGCGUACCUGUCGCACCUCGGCUGUGAAUUCGACUUCGGCGCCGGCUCGGCCUACCCCUCCUUGUACAACGCCGUCGCGCAUGCCCGGAUCUUGACGACUUGCUCUGUCGGCUUGCUGCUUCUUCAUGUUGCAUACGUCGACGGCGAGGCAGAACACAUAGACACGCCGAACCUAGAAGAGCUGCAGCUGGUGAUGAGCUUCUAUUAUCAAGAAGUCGACCGUCUGUUCAGUUUAUUCGCGGUCACCUCGCUUCCGGUGCUCAGACGCCUCUUUGUUCGUUUAAGCUCCCUGGCGGACGUGCAUUACGGUGGCCCACGCAGCUCGGCGGCGGCGGCGGCCGGCGUCGUCUUUGACCAGCUGACCCUGAUCAAGGUGGUGAAUUUGAGAGGGACAGUCAGGCACGAGCUGCGGCUGCUCAGGUUCUUGCUGACGAGGGCUCCCUCCCAGCUGGUGCUGGUCACGGCGGAAGGAGAGGGAGCUCCGGGAGACGAGGAGCUGGAGGCUAUGCGGAAGCGGGUGUCGGGGCUGAGGAAGGCGUCGCGCAGGGCCCGCAUCUCCGUGUGCCGGCCCAACGAAGACGACAGCCCCAACCCUGCACACACGCGGUUCUUCCACGAGUAGUAGCUGACUGAUGGUACUGCAUGUCUGCAUGCUGCUUGAGGAGUGAUUUGAAAUAUAAGCGGUACGGCUCCGUAGCAAAUUAGUGGUGUUUUUAUUUAGGGUGCUCGAUCUGCUUUACUCUCUUAAAUGCUACUCCGUCCGUUCCAAAUUAUAAGACGUUCCAAUAAUUUUGGAAAGUCAAAGUUUUUUUAUG